CAACUGUCAGCACUGUCAGUUCUGAGCUUGGAUCGAUGAGAUCCAGCUCGUGAGCUCCAGACAUCUCCCUGACCAUCUGAAAACACUGGCCUCCUCCUUCGUCCCGUCCCUUCUGCCCACAUGCUGAUCCAGCAUGCUGCCUCUCAGGAUACUCGGCUUCCUCUGGCUCAUGUUUUCACCAUGUGGGUCAGAAAGCAGAUCUUGCCCGCCAGAUCUUGGCCCUCCUAUCCUGAGGCCUCCUGAAGUCAUUAAAGAAUACGGACAUUCACUCGUUGUAAACUGUUCCAGCAACACAGAAGAAGAAUAUGAAGGCCUCUACUGGAGAGUUGGAAAUAGAGCCUUUGAAGAAGACUGGGGCUCUGUGGAACUUGACCUGUCAUUGUUAAACUAUGACAUGAACGUCCAGUGCAGAAUGAAGCUGAACGAGUCUUACGAAUGCAGCACAGACCUUGAAAUCACAGUAUACAAGAAUCCAGAGGUAGUUUCCUCUGUCAAGCAUGUGAGUGACACCGGGGAGGAGACGCAGUAUGAGCUACAGUGUGACGUCUUCAACGUCGCCCCAGUUCAAAACCUCACCGUGAGGGUGUACAAAAACAACGAGGCAGUCCUGAUAAAGGCCUUCAACGACUCGACCAAGACACCAGUGAAUGAGACCGCAACUCUUCCAAUCAGCGUCAAACGAACCGAACAUGUAGUUCAGCUGAGAUGUGAGGCUCAGCUGGAUUUUGGAGCUCGUGGAGAGCAGCCUCCUGUUGUUGUUUCUCAAACGCACAGCGUAUCCGCCCUCCAUGCUCCUGAGAUGAAACGAGAGAAUCGUACUGAAGUAAAAUUUGUGCUCAAGGGCGACAAAGUCACCCUGGAUUGUGAAGCCGAGGGAAACCCUCCCCCUGUCUUCAGCUGGACCUGUGACGGGGUGGAUUUGCUGGGAAAGACAAACAGGGUUACUUUUUACCCAAAUGUUACGACCAUCUGCAUCUGCAGAGCUGCCAACCGUCUGGGAAACAUAACAAAGAAAUAUGUCAUUGAAAUAAAUGCAGAGGCCUCAAGCGCAAACCCUCCAAUCAUCACCACCCCUGCAGCCCAAAGACCAAGAGGUUGUCCCCUGAUUUUGGUUCCUCCCAAAAUUGUGGCAAGAUUUGGAGAUCCAGUUUCGGCUGUCUGCAACACAUCAGCCACAGAUGCUGAAGGCAUCGGCUGGGAGGUUCCUGUCCAAGGGAUAGGUCCCGUGCCUCCUCCUAGUGUCAGUUGGAACGUAGAAAAAUUGGUAGAGUGGGAAAUAGAACCUGUUUGCUACCUUAACUUGAAGGAUGGUACUCAAUGCAGUGUAACUCUGCCAGUCACGCUUUACCAUACUCCAGAUAAAGUGUCAAUCUCUGGACCAGAUCAUGAUCUGAUCGAAGGCAACGAAUACCGGCUGAAAUGUUACAUCCACAAUGUGGCUCCUGCAGAGAAGCUCAAGGUCUUUUGGUACAAGGACGAUGACGAGCUUCCAGUCAGAGAGUUCUACGAGGAAAGUCGGACCCCAGUCACUGUGUCCGAUACCCUGAUCAUCACUCCUACAAGACAUUAUAAUGGAUCCGUUUUCAAAUGUUUGGCUGUUCUGGACUUACGUCCAGACGGACCACAAAACCUCUUCACUGUUUCUUCACCUUACACUGCUGUGGUGCAAUAUCAGCCACUCUUUGUAUCGUGUCCAAGCCAUUUCAUUGCUGUGGAACAUGAGUCCAGUUUGGACAUGUUCCCCUGUCAAAUGGAUGGGAACCCCGCGCCCACGGUUCAGUGGUACCAUGAGGGUGAAGUGUUCAAUUCUUCUGAAAAACUCACGAGGAAUGACGCAGGACAAUACAUAUUGGAGAUCAAAAACAUCCAUGGCAGCACGAACACCUCGGUCAAUAUCACAGUUGAAUCCCAAAGACCAAGAGGUUGUCCCCUGAUUUUGGUUCCUCCCAAAAUUGUGGCAAGAUUUGGAGAUCCAGUUUCGGCUGUCUGCAACACAUCAGCCACAGAUGCUGAAGGCAUCGGCUGGGAGGUUCCUGUCCAAGGGAUAGGUCCCGUGCCUCCUCCGAGUGUCACUUGGAACGUAGAAAAAUUGGUAGAGUGGGACAUAGAACCUGUUUGCUACCUUAACUUGAAGGAUGGUACUCAAUGCAGUGUAACUCUGCCAGUCACGCUUUACCAUACUCCAGAUAAAGUGUCAAUCUCUGGACCAGAUCAUGAUCUGAUCGAAGGCAACGAAUACCGGCUGAAAUGUUACAUCCACAAUGUGGCUCCUGCAGAGAAGCUCAAGGUCUUUUGGUACAAGGACGAUGACGAGCUUCGAGUCAGAGAGUUCUCCGAGGAAAGUCGGACCCCAGUCACUGUGUCCGAUACCCUGAGCAUCACUCCUACAAGACAUUAUCAUGAAUCCGUUUUCAAAUGUUUGGCUCUUCUGGACUUACGUCCAGACGGACCACAAAACCUCUUCACUGUUUCUUCACCUUACACUGCUGUGGUGCAAUAUCAGCCACUCUUUGAAUCGUGUCCAAGUCAUCUCAGUGUUGUGGAACAUGAGUUCAGUUUGGACUUGUUCCCCUGUCAAAUGGAUGGGAACCCCGCGCCCACGGUUCAGUGGUACCAUGAGGGUGAAGUGUUCAAUUCUUCUGAAAAACUCACGAGGAAUGACGCAGGACAAUACAUAUUGGAGAUCAAAAACAUCCAUGGCAGCAUGAGCACCUCGGUCAAUAUCACAGUUGAAUAUGGUCCUUCUUUCACCUGUAGUGAGCGCUAUGAGGUUAAAGUGAAUACUCAUAUAAAGUCUCUGUGUGAACCAGAGGGUGAACCCUCCCCCACACUCACCUGGUUCAAGGACGGAAAGGAAAAGGUUCAGUGGACAAAACAUGACAGCGGGGAAUAUGAAAUUGAAGCAAACAACAAACAUGGAACAGCAAAACACAAAGUUUAUCUGGAUAUUCUGUACGCCCCAGAGUUCAAAGACGGGAACCUCAGUCUGGAAGUGACCCAGGGAGAGAACGUGACCCUGGACUGUGCAGUGGAGGGGAACCCUCCCCCUGAGGUGGUCUGGUCCUUCAGCCCUGAUGUGACUCCGGGGCAGACCGCUGGGUGGCGCCAGAGGACCAUCACAGUCACGGCAGCCACGUCUGGAGUUUACAGCUGCAAUGCCACGAAUGAAGUUGGAAACGUGUCAAGAACGGUCUCCCUGGUGUUUAAAAGUAAAUCCAGAGGACUCCCAUUUCCCAUAUGGGUGAUUCUAGUUAUAUUGGCCACAUUACUAUUCAUCUUUCUCCUGGUCUUUUUCCUCAAGCGACAGAAAAGUCAUGGACAGUAUAGUUUCAUUGCAGCCAAUGCUGAUAACAUCUCUCUGUCUACUAGAAGUACAGAAGGACGUAUUUAGAGUAUUUAUUGUGGGCUGAAACCCCAAAACUGUUCCAUCAGCUGUGCCAUUUAUCCUGCUUGCGUACAUCUGGAGCUUCACUUUUAAAUUGAUUAUUUUGGUUGUAAAUGUAGAUGUUGAACAUGUUAUUCUACUGUUAUUCAGUUGCACUGUGUUUUGAAUUAAAGUAAAAUGUUUCCACGGUUA